AUGCCUCAGGAUAUGCCCCCUACUGGGGGCUACCGCCCCGUACAGUACAAGCGCAAUGUACCUGUUAGAGGGUUCCGCCCCGUCUACUAUCUCAUUGGAAUGCAUGCCAUAAUGGCAUACGGGCUAUACAAACUCUUCAUCGGUACUCGUGAACGAAAUGAACUUGCCCGAGAGAAGAUUUGGUCACGAAUUCACCUCAUUCCCCUCCUACAAGCUGAAGAAGAUAGAGACCAAGCAAGGCGGUAUUUUGCGGACAAGGCGAGAGAGAAGGAGUUGCUUGGAACUGACACAAAAAUAUACAACUCCGACAGAUUCGUGAGACCCACCUUCAUGUAUACCCCAGCUCCUUCGAAAUAG